CUCCCCUGCUCUCUCUCUCUCUCUCUCUCUCUCUCUCUCUCUCACUCACUCACACACACACACACACACACAGGUUUUUACUAGCCACCGGCGCCGUCGUCGGAUCGUCGCCGGCAACCGUCCUUUUCCCGUUUAAUUGACUGCUGCUCCUGGAGAAGAAGUAAGUGCAAGUGAUUCUGAAAUUAUUUUCUGCUUAAGAUUAUAUGUCAAAUGAUGUGGAAGAUCCUGAAGGUGGAGAUGCCAGAACAUCUUUGGAUGCUUCUUCACCGUCUCCAAGUCACCAACGAAGUUGGUAUAGUGGCUUACUUGAGCAGGCAUCGGUUUAUGGUAUAGCUGCAGGGUACUGUCUUUCAGCAUCAUUGCUCUCCAUCAUUAACAAGUGGGCCAUAAUGAAAUUUCCUUACCCUGGAGCACUAACUGCAUUGCAGUAUUUCACAAGUGCAGCUGGAGUUCUCAUCUGUGGAUGGCUCAAGCUUAUAGAACAUGAUAAACUUGAUCUUCCAACAAUGUGGCGAUUCCUACCUUCAGCGAUUAUAUUCUACCUAUCUCUUUUCACAAACAGUGAGCUUCUCCUCCAUGCCAAUGUUGAUACUUUUAUUGUCUUCCGAUCAGCAGUCCCCAUUUUUGUUGCAAUAGGAGAGACCCUCUACUUGCACCAGCCGUGGCCAGCAAUGAAGACCUGGUUGUCACUUGGUACAAUCUUCGCUGGUAGUGUGCUCUAUGUCAGUACAGAUUACCAGUUCUCGUUUACAGCUUACAGCUGGGCCUUGGCCUAUUUAGUGAGCAUGUCUAUUGAUUUUGUUUACAUAAAGCACGUGGUUAUGACGAUUGGUCUAAACACUUGGGGUCUUGUGUUGUACAACAAUCUUGAGGCUUUGCUGCUUUUUCCUAUAGAGCUGCUUAUCAUGGGUGAAUUGAAGAAGAUUAAGCAUGAAAUUGAGGAUGAGUCAGAUUGGCACAGCUUUCAAGUGGUGCUACCGGUAGCCCUGUCGUGUUUGUUUGGUUUAGCCAUCUCUUUCUUUGGAUUUUCUUGUCGUAGAGCAAUCUCUGCAACAGGAUUUACUGUUCUUGGCAUAGUUAAUAAACUUUUGACAGUGGUGAUAAAUCUAGUUAUAUGGGAUAAACACUCCAAACUUCUUGGAACAGUGGGGCUGUUGAUCUGCAUGUCUGGUGGCGUUAUGUACCAGCAGUCUACAAGCAACAAGACCAAGGCUGUGAAAGAUGUAAAUCCACAAGUAGCUGAGGAGGAGGAGCAACAGAAACUGCUUGAAAUGCAAAGCAACACACAUAGCAGUGACAUUCAGAAGCAAGAUACAGAAACGGGAGACAGGAAACAAUAACUCGUUCUUGGAAUUUCCUUCUUCAUUCUUGCAUUCAAUAAGCAAUUAUACUCUUCAUGGAAACCUUCCUCUUAAUUUAAAUGCCAGAUGGGGGCAACUUCUGGAUCAUUUUAAUAGGAAGCAGUUAUUGUGAAUGGAAAAGCAAUUGUAGAGAUGUGUUUUGUUGUUUGAAUUCACUACGGCCACAAACUCAGCUGCCUCCUCCUACUUGACCAAAACUGCAAUUAUGUUUACUCGGUAUAGUUUAUAGGGGUAUAUGUGAGUCAAUUGUGUAACAAUAGGGGUAUAUAUGAGUCACUUUCAUAACGAGGGCUAUAUCAGCUCUAAGUUACAAAGUUGAGGGGCAUAUGAGGCCAUUUCCCCUAGUUUAUAUUCCUUUUCAAGAAUUCUGAACUAAGGUAUUCUCCUCAUUCCAGAGAUGGGAGAUGGCAGAUGAAUAUUUCAACUGUUCUUUCUAACAUAACCUCGAUAAGAUAUACUCCAUCACAAUGUUCUUAGUAGAAAAAAGGAUAGCAAGAGAGGGUUAUCGCCUGCGUGUUCAUGUCGGGCAACUGUGUAAGCUGCUUAAUCUCUUUGAGCAAUUCAUUGUAUUAUUAUUUA